AUGUCCGGCCCUGCCCCCCCACAUGCGUGGAAGGAUCCAAAAAAGGCGUCGGCAGAGACAUUUCAAACUGAACUUGAGACUGCUGUUAUAUCAGGAAUAGGGUACCGCAUCCGCAGAGACUACAAGAAGAUGUCUGCAGUCCUUAUUCACUCCGAAGACGACACUGGCUGCGAUGACCUCGAGGAACAACUAGCAGAGACCCUCCGAAACUUCUACAGCAUCGAUAAUAUUAAACGCCUUCUGCUCGGGAACGGAAACCCAUAUCUGGCUAUUUCUCGCGUCAUCAAUGAACUGGCAGAUACGGGCUACACAGGCAAGGGCUGUCUUGUUAUCCUUGUUUUUGCUAGCCAAGGACAGGUUCACUCUAAGGCCAAUACGGAUCCGUUCCGAGGACCAGAGGACAGGCUGGUGUUCGGUGCUGAUGGAAACUCCCGCACGAGAGGAUUUGAUUGGAAAACCGCAACCUUUGCCCUCAGCGAGGAAGACUGUGAGAUCCUUCACAUCAUGGACUGCUGCUACGCCGAAGACAUGGAGGCAGAUGCCGAGGUAUUGGCUGCUGCAACGGAAACGAUUAGUGCAGAUGGCAAUAAGUGCUUCGUGAAGGCCCUCAUCACUGCACUCCGUGACUUCGCUCCUGAGCCUUUCAGCAUCUACAGCCUCCACCAAGCGCUCGUGUUAAACCGAACUGAUCUGAACCUCGAAUGCAUUCCCUUCUACCAAAAACGCGAGAACAGAAGUUCGAUCGUCUUAGGGGGAUGGACAGGCCAGGUUCCAGCUCACAAGCCAGAUAGCCCACGCAUCUUACUCACGGUGCAUAUUGAAGAAGAUCUCAAUAUGCGGGAUAUCGAAGACUGGAAGGAAUGGCUCGAAGAUCUUUUACCGCGUUCAGUUAUGAAUAUGGAAAUUAAACUGGAAGGCGUCUGGAAUGCUUGGUCUUCAGUGCUCCUCAUUUCUCUCCCGAUCUCGGUUUGGACCCAGUUGGACCGCUGCAACACGGCGCUCCACUAUGUCGGUCAAGUGACCUCGCAUAAUAGAUUGCUAGAGCAAGUUGCUCCUAAAAAGUAG